AUGCAUGACGCCGUGCAGACUAUGUUUCGGUCCCUGGAGACGCCGACAGAUGCCGUCACUGCAACGCGACAUCAUCAAUUCAUCAACAGCAGCAACGUUAUCUCGUAUCCGAGUCCUCUCGCCUCUGUGGGGAGCCGUGGACACCACGCGAAAACUUUUGCCCUUGCUGCCAUUGUGUUCCUAUUGUCCUUUAUUUUGGCAGUUUCUUUCUGUCUACUCCCAAGGGGGAGGGUGUCGUCGCAGCCAUUGCUGCGCCGCCUCGCUAGUAGUGAUGGAAAAAGCGAGAGUACCGUAGAUGAGAGCGAAUUUUCAGUGCUCUGUGGAGAGUUCCUAGAAGCAUGGAGUCCCCUUCAACCAGAAGGAGGCAAUACCUUGCCGCCGUUCCCCUCCCCUUCAGCAUUGGUAAUUGGUGAAGGCCUUCCUUUCCCGAGAAAAAGAAACGUGAGUGCUUCCCAGGGCGAAGAAGCAGAAGGCGGAGUAAAACGGGCCCGUCAGGAACCUCUUUGGAUGGAACCGACUGCAGGGGCCAGCUAUCAGGCGACGGAUGCGUUGCAGGCUGGUGCAUCCACUAGUUAUCACGUUCCUCCUACUCAGGAAGGCCAGCAUUUCACGCGGCUUCAGACCAUCCCUCCCCCAACUGCCCUCUCUGAAGGGGUCUCAGACACUUUAGGCCUUGCAUCGCCGUCCGACGACGAGAACAAUGAUGAGGUAUUUCGUUGGAUGGACGCGCUAUUGGAAAAUUUUGGGUCCGAGCUUGAGAUGCUGCACAGUGGUCCAGAUAAACUUGACUUGACCGAACUGGCAUCCAGAGCCUCGUCAGACCUGCUAUAUUUGGAUGAGACUCCCAGCUCAUCAGCUAACGUCACCCCAAGCCAACCCCCUGGAAAAUUCUCUUCCGGAUACCAGCCCAACAGAGAAGCCUCCCCUUCCCCCCAGACAACUGGAGAAGUCUUACCAAGCUACAGGACCCCUGAAGAAAUAGGUUCGUAA